AAGCAAUAUAAUAUACUGUACUUUCUCGUAUCUUAAAAUAAGGAACGUCUUUCACUGUCAUCCAUGGCUGCAGAGACAACGAAGAAAUAUGCAAUUGUUACAGGGGGAAAUAACGGAAUUGGAUUUGAGAUCUGUAAACAAUUAGCAUCAAAUGGAAAUACCGUGAUUUUGACUGCAAGAGACGACAAGAAGCGACUCCAAGCUGUGGAGAAAUUGAAAGAAUGCGGACUCUCUGAUAACACAGUUUUUCACACACUUGAUGUCAAUGAUCAAACUACUAUUUCUCUCGUCCAUUUUGUCCAAACCCAAUUUGGAAAGCUUGACAUCUUGGUGAAUAAUGCAGGGAUUGCUGGAGCCCUGAUGGAUGGUGAAAGUCUAAGAGCUGCAGAACCAUCAGAAAUUAAUGAUGAAGAAAUAAUUAUUGAUUACAUUUAUGAAUUAGCAGAAGAAUGUAUUCAAACAAACUAUUAUUAUGGUGCAAAGAGAAUGUGUGAAGCAUUUAUUCCUCUGCUUGAAUUAUCAAAUUCACCCAGAAUCGUUAAUGUUUCUUCAAUGGUAGGCAAGUUAGAGAAUGUAUCAAAUGAAUGGAUGAAAGAAGUGUUAAGUGAUGCAGAAAAUCUUACCAAAGAAAAAAUUGACAAAGUACUGAAUGACUAUCUAAAGGAUUUUAAAGAAAAAUCAUUAAAAUCCAAAGAUUGGCAUUCUUUUGUUGCAGCGUCUAUGAAUGCAUAUACGAGAAUUUUGUCAAAAGAAUAUUCAUCGUUUUGUUUUAAUAAUACAUGUUCUGAAUAUGGCAGGAUAAAUAUUACCUAUAAUAUUGACAUUUUAUUUCCGGAAGAAGGUACCGAAAGUUCUAUAAAAUUGACAUUGUUGCCUAAUGAUAGCUCUUCAAGUCUCUUUUUUGAUCGUAACAAAGAGUCAUCAUUUUAA